AUGAAUCACGAUCCUGAAUCAACCAAAGGAGUUGCCGCCAAUCAAUGGCUAGUUCAGUUUCAGCAAACCCUGUGGGCUUGGGACGUCACCACUUCUCCGAUUGUCUCUCUAUUCUCCGCCUUAGAUUGGGAAUUUGCAGCGAUUGACGCGCUAUCUCGGCGCUUCUCUCCACGUAGACCUUUAUUCAAAGCCCUUCGGCUAAUGUUUAAGCUCCCGAUGAUGGCAUUGUCGUCUUGCUCGAGCUACUCACUGUCCUCCUUGAAGAAAUAUCUGAUACUCGACAUUUUCUCAUCACUAUGA